AUGCUGGGCACGAAUCGGUUUCAACAUGUGAUUGAGACCCUGGAGCCUGGCAAAUGGGAGUUGUCUGGGUAUGAGGCAGCCCUGCCAAUCACAGAGAAGUCAAAUCCACUGACCGACCUGGACAAAGCAAAUGCCCAACAAAUUGUUCGACUGCUGGGCCAAUGUGAUGCUGAGAUCUUCCAAGAGGAAGGGCAAGCCAUGCCUACCUACAAGAGACUCUACAGUGACUCAGUUCUGACCACAAUGGUUCGUGGGAAAGUUCAAGAAGUACUGAAGGAGCCUGAGGGGGCUCUGGUGGUGCUGAGUGGAGGGGGCACCUCUGGGCGGAUGGCAUUCCUUAUGUCGGUCUCCUUUAACCAGCUGAUUAAAGGUCUUGGACAGAAACCUCUUUACACCUACCUCUUUGCAGGAGGUGACAGGUUUGUCGUGGCCUCUAGGGAGGGAACAGAAGACAGUGCCUUGCAUGGGAUUGAGGAGCUGAAAAAGGUGGCUGCUGGAAAGAAGAGGGUGAUCGUCAUUGGGAUUUCCGUAGGACUCUCUGCUCCCUUUGUGGCAGGCCAAAUGGACUACUGCAUGGAUAACCCAGCUGUCUUCUUGCCAGUCCUGGUUGGUUUCAACCCUGUCAGCAUGGCCAGAAACGAUCCCAUUGAAGAUUGGAGUUCAACGUUCCGCCAAGUAGCAGAAAGGAUGCAGAAACUUGAGGAGAAACAGGAAGGGUUCGUUCUCAAUCCUGCCAUUGGGCCUGAGGGCCUCAGCGGCUCCUCCCGGAUGAAAGGUGGAAGUGCCACCAAGAUCCUGCUGGAAACCUUGUUGCUGGCAACCCACAAGACCAUGGACCGGGGCAUCGCAGCCUCUCAGAGAUGCCUCCUGGAAAUCUUGAGGACAUUUGAACAGGCUCAUCAGGUGACUUACAACCAAAGUCCCAAGAUCGCAGCCCUGAUGAAGCAAGCCAGCACCAGCCUGGAGAAGAACGGCCGGGUGCACCUGGUUGGCUGGCAGACCCUUGGCAUCAUCGCCAUCAUGGAUGGAGUAGAAUGCAUCCGCACCUUUGGUGCUGAUUUCUGAGACUUCCGUGGCUUUCUUAUCAGCGAUCACAGUGAGAUGUUUAACCAGAAGGCUGAGCUCAUCGAUCAAGGUCCUCACUUUUCCUUCUCCCAGGAGGACUUCCUGACGUCCGUCCUGGCGUCCCUCACGGAAGUUGACACUGUGAUCUUCAUAUUCACACUGGGUGACAACCUCACAGAGGUGCAGACACUGGUGGAGCAGGUGAAAGAGAAGAAAGCCAAUGUCCAGGCCUUAGCACACAGUACUGUGGGACAGUCUUUGCCGAUGAGGACCCUUCUGAAGAAGCUCUUUCCCACUAUCAUCAGCAUCACAUGGCCACUGCUCUUCUUUGAAUAUGAAGGAAGAUUCAUCCAGAAGUUCCAGCGCGAGCUAAGCACCAAGUGGGUGCUGAACACAGUGAGUACUGGGGCCCACGUUCUUCUUGGGAAGAUCCUACAAAACCACAUGCUGGACCUCCGCAUUCGGAACUCCAAGCUCUUCUGGCGAGCUCUGGCCAUGUUGCAGCGGUUCUCUGGACAGCCGAAGGUUCAAUGCAUUGAUCUUCUGCAAGCCAUCUACUUCCCUCAGCCACUGUUGGAUGAUAUUCGAGCUGCACCCAUCUCCUGCCACAUCCAGGUUGCACAUGAAAAGGAACAGGAAUUCUGCCUUUCUUCAUUAUCUAGUGCUGCUAGAACAGAUCUAUCAAAAGCUCAGGCACACCCGGUUGCAGCGCCUUUUGUCUGUUAGGCUGUCAGGAGCGCCCUCGCUGGCCCAGGUCGGAAGUGUACUGCAGAAACCCUGGAGACCUGA